CCUCCCCCUCCCGAGGAUGCAGGACGGGUUUACGGUCCUGAGCUCUGACUCCUGACGCACAGAGAAGCGGUCGCGAUCAUCACGAGGACAGUCAAGAAACGCGCCCUGGAAUCCGAUUUCUUUCUUUCUUUCUUUUUGUUUGUUUAUUUUUUUUCUUUUUCUGGUAACCCCCACACACUCCCCCACCUCCCAAGAAAAAAAACAAAACAAAAAAACCCUGCUUCACUCUCCGCUCUGACAGCAAGACCGAACUCGCGCUUUUUGGGAUAAUUUCAAUUAUGGAUCGCUUCAAAUGUACAUUUCCACGGAGCUGCAGCUGAGCUUUCCUUCAAGUGUGACUGGAAUCUCCCAGCGUGAUGGAUAUAAAUGAGUUCGCAGUGCUGAAACUUUUUGCUAUCGGGGUUUUGAUCAGUGUCGGGAUGAUAAGAGGACUGUCAGCUUCGGACAGUUUCAGCACAGAGCCCACUCCCCAGGUGAGGAAAGUCUGCAACGAGUCCCGCCUGCAGUGGGAGGUGGAAGUCUGUGGAGAGGACUUUAAGCAGGACAUGACUCACAUAGAUCCCCAGAACUGGUGCAACCUCACACACUUCAUCAGCGAGUACCACCUCUUCACCCUCUGCACAGAGACCAAGUCCCACAUUGUCGACUGCUACUGGCCCAAUCCGCUGGUGGAGCGCUACAUCAUCCGCAUACACAAGCACUUUUUUUCCAACUGCACCAUAGAGCAGAAGGUGUGGGUCGAUCCCCCGGAUGACACACUCACCAUCCUCAUCCUUAUCCCCGUUUUCCUCACCUUGGCCAUGAUUGGCCUGGUGGUCUGGUGCAGCAAGCGGAGUGACAUCCUGGCUUAGGUCACGACAAUGGAAGAGAUGGGAGUAAUGGACUGAAUUCAAGGUCCCAGUCUCUUCACCAAGUAAAUACUGUACACAACAAAGGAGUGCACAAAGUAUUGUUUCUGUUGGUCAAAUUAUCCUGUAAGCGCCACCACAAACCACCUCAACUUGUUGUAGGAAUGAAGAAUCCAAUUUUUUAUAUUUUUUUAUAUUAUGUGUAAAUUUUUCACAUUUUGGAUCAACUCUUAUUAAACUGUUCAACAUCAGAUGUGUUCAUGUAGAGUAGAAGGUUAGGGAGAUACUCAUGUCUGUAUGCUAAAUUGAGAUUGAAGCUGGUUAACUGGUUAAACAGUGGAAAUAGCUAGCAUGGUUGGAAAAAAAAAAUCCAUUUUGAACACAUAAUAUAUUAUGAAGUUAAACCGAAUAAAACCACAACUUUGAUACUGGAGUUUGCCUGGAUUAAACAAAUGUGUGAGGUUGUGAGUGUUAAAUGGCCUCACUAGUGCAGUUCUUGGGCAGAUCCAUGCUAAGAGUUGUGGCUGUAGCUUUUUAAUCUAAGGUAGACAACAGAUCAAAUUCUUGACAAGGAAGUAAAUAAACAUUUCCCAAAAUGUUGAACUGUUCCCUUGAGAUGCCAAGGAUUUUGGUUGUUUAUUUUUCAUGAUUUAUUUGGGUAAUUUGACCAGCGGGAAAAAUGACCAAAUCUUGGAUGCAUACUUAAACCUCAUGGAUCCAGACUUUUGAUCUUGUCACAGCACUGUAUCACUGUUGAAGCCCAAAGUACCCAACAAGCAUCAAAGUCAGUGACUGACCUCUGACCUGGUGGGAUAUAAGACUCCCCAAGGACAUGGCUGUUAAAUAUACAGUAUUAACAUGAUACUGUGUGAUUUCUUGGAAGAGUUAAAAAGGAAGCAGACUGGACUGCUGCUUCAAGAAAUAUGAAGUUUUGGCUUGUUGUUGAGUAACUGAAUGGACUUUAACCACUGGAAAGGAUACACUGCCCAAAGACAAGGCAACACUGUGGGACUUGAAUUUCUUGUGUGACUACCUGAGCCCCAACAAACUGUUUUAAAACAGUGUAACUUAUCAGAUACUGUUGAAUAAAAUACUGUUAUUACUCCCAAAAAUGGGUUCUCAAUGGAAACAGCAGUUAUGGACUGACAUUGAGACCUCAUACUGUACAGUUAUGCUCUCUGCUUGUGCUCUCUACUGUAUGUGCAUUGCCUCUCCAAUGUUGCUCAGACUGGUGAAAAUUGAAUUCCUUUGGAGAGAAUUUUAAUUUAAUGUGCCUGCUUCAUCGGAUUUUUGAACAGUCCCCACCAGCCUCGAGCCAAAUUGAGCUAAACACUGCUUAUUAUAAUUUUCUUCAAAGCGGCAUCUCUUUGUCGGUACUUACACACUGUGUCUCACUGAAACUGUUGUUUGUGGAAACUGAAACCUCCCUUGAUUAAAUCUCAAUUGGUUGCUCAUUUAUUAUGAGAAAACUUUUGUAAUUUUUGUGCUAGAAUAGGUGUUCAUGAUGUGCGAACCCAGAGGCAUACUGUAUACUGUCUGUUGCUUUUUGUUUAUUGACUGCUAAACAAGCCUGUCUUUGAAGUCUUUAGUCGCUAAAUAUACAAUGUGUAAAGUGUAGACCUAUUUAUUGAUUUGUCUAGAAGAAAUCAUGCCUAAAUACAUUUAAACAACAACAAAACCCAGUGGAAUUAUCUAAGUAGAUUUCUCAGAAGUCUCAGUUUCUUCUGUACAUUCUCUAUUUACCUCUCUUUAAAGUAGGGUAAGCAAGCUAUCCAAAUCAAGUAAACUCCCUUCCCUUUAAGAACCAUGACUAAAUCUUCUCACUGUAAUUUCCCUCGGAGGACUUUUUUUUUUUUUUACUGUGUUUAAUAUUCUUUAUCCUUUUACCUUCAUGUGCUCAUUUUGUUAAGGUCCACAUACAUUUUCUCCUGUGAAAUAAAUCCAUCUUGAGUUUCACCAAUCUGAAGAUGCCCAGAGGCUGCUCCACUCAUCUGUGUGGCUCCAGAUUCCAAAUAAAA